CCCUCUUAAUUGACCAGUUUCGGUCCCGACUGUUGGACAGUUGCGAGGUCACUACUGUAUCGUGUAUUACAUUAAUCUGAAUUAAUAUACCGAAUUAAUCGAUUGACACAGUAUUUCUUUAAUAACGUUUUGUUUCAAAUGUGAGAAGAACGCGCCAUUCAGAAAACCGAGAUACGCAUAUCGGUAAAUACGAUAGUCUCUAGUGGACAUUUAAGAAGGGCGGUGUAUUCUGCGAAUUGGCUUCGAAAGAAAGAGCGGGGACGAGCGUCAACUGUUCCACCGAUACCAAACACGUGCAACGAAUUCCAGUAUCGUUCAAUCGUAAAGAAAUUUAACAGUUUAACAUUUUUUUUUUUAAAUUGAACACAUUGAAACUAUUUGAUAACUUAAUGCGUACAUAAACUAAAUUAAAAACAAUAAAUUAUAAUAAAGCAAUAAUUAUCAAACAAUUCUCGAAAAUUUACUGAAAUUCUUAUAAAAGUAGUUGUUAACAUUAAUUCUACUGACACUUCGAUAUUUUAUUGAAAUGGCUGAUUCCAAAUCUAGCAAAGAGGUGAAUAUUGCAGAUCGUUUAGACAUUUUAAAUAAAUUAGAGGCUGGUGAAAAUAUAAACACUCUUGCGCGUGAAUAUAACGUUUCGAAUCGAACGAUAAGACGUAUUCGACAAAAAGCUUUGUCGAUACGACGAUAUGCGAAAGAGGAUUUUAAACUGCAGAAAAAGAGAAUGCGUACGUCCAUAUCUGCCGAUUUAGACAAGGAAUUGUAUUCGUGGUUCUUGCAACGUCGUUCAGCGGGAGACCGAAUAACUGACUAUAUUUUGAUAGAGAAAGCGAGAGCGCUGCAGGAAGAAAGAGGCGGCCCAUCCAACUUCACGCUAUGUAAAGGCUGGCUGUGGCGAUUUAAAAGGAAUUAUAACCUACGCCCUACAAAUGUACCCUACGGUGAGAGUGACAAUACGGACAAAUCUGUUGCGAAAGAAUUUGUGCAACAAUUUUUGCAAAUGUUGGAAGACAAUGAGAUCAGUGACAAUAAUUUGUACAACGUGGACGAAACAAGCCUAUUUUGGAAGAUGCUUCCCAAGGAAAUAUUAAUGAGUAAAAAUGAAAGUAGGGUAUCGGAGAAGAAUAUUAAAAAGGACAGAAUAACGUUAGCCUUGUGUGCGAACGCAAGCGGAAACCAUAAGUUACCGUUAUUUGUAAUUAAUAACUGUGAAAAUCCUAGAGCAUUGAAACACUGUAUGAAUAAUUUGCCUGUAAUAUAUACUCAUAAUAAAAAUGCUUGGAUGAACACCGCAGUAUUUCAAUUAUGGUACCACAAUGAAUUUAAGCCCCGCGUUAGAAGGCGGCAAUUGGAAGAAAAUUCUGGUGGCAAGGUUUUACUGAUAAUAGAUAAUUUUAGUGGCCAUAAAUUGUCAGAGAAAGAAAUGGACGAUGGCCAUUUCAAAAUCAUAUUUUUACCGCCCAAUACCAGUUCCCUGAUCCAACCAAUGGAUCAGGGCAUAAUAUCAAAAUUGAAAAAGAAAUUCCGGCAUAAAUUAUUGCAGCGCGUCUUGCUAUAUGAAAAUGGAAUAUCAGAAUUCUAUGCUGAUUAUGACAUAAAAGAUUGUAUAGAUAUGACAAAUGAAACAUGGAGCGUUAUAACCUCUGCGAAUAUAUUCAAUUCCUGGAAUAAAAUACUUAAUCGAGAGGCAGGAAUAGCUGAAAGAAACUUCACGUGUUCUGUCGCUUUCUCAUCAGAGACUGCUCCGUGCGAUGCAACAUAUGAAACAAUUUCUGACGACAAAGUGACAGAGUGGAUCAACGAAUGUGGAGAAGCGGAGAGAAUUAGAGAAGAUGCCACCGAAGAGACAGAUGCUACAGAAGAAUCUUCUCAUUCGCAGCAUCUUGCAAAUCCAAUAGAGGUGGAGGAAGUUGACAGAUUGUUGUAUUAUUUACAAAAAAUUAUUGCAACAGAACCAGAAAUUCCAAGUCACGCAAAAUCUAUAAUAGAUUAUUACAAUUCAAAAUAAGUUUCACUUACACUUUCUAUUGUUAUUUCUUUUCUUUCUGUAAUAUUUUCACUUGUUAUUAUCAUUGUAUGAUAUAUCAU